AUGGGGCGGCCCGGGAAGAGCCGGUUCCAGCGGGUGCAGCGGGCGCAGGCCCGGCAGCGCUCCCAGCAGCAGUUCGGCUCCAGCCGGUUCCAGCGGGUGCAGCGGGCGCAGGCCCGGCAGCGCUCCCAGCAGGAAUUCGGGUCCGUCCCUCACUCCUUCGUGUUCCCGCGCGGCCGCCCCGGGAGGAGCCUCCGGAGCCUCUGCAGAGACCUGAGGAGGGUCCUGGAGCCCUUCACGGCCCGGAACCUGCAGGUGCGCCGGAGCAAUUCCCUGCGGGAUCUGGUGGCCGUGGCCGGGCCCUUGGGGGUCUCCCAGUUCCUGGUGCUGAGCAAAUCCCAGACCGGGAUCAACCUGAAACUUUUCCGGCUGCCGGGGGGUCCCACCCUGACCUUCAAAGUGCUUCAGUAUUCCCUGGUCCGGGACGUGGUCUCCUCGCUCCGCAGGCACCGCAUGCACGAGCAGCAGUUCCGGCACCCGCCCCUGCUGGUUUUGGGCAAUUUCGGGGCGCGGCAGCCGCAGCUGAAGUUGAUGGCCGGGAUGUUCCAGGGGAUGUUCCCGGCCCUCAACGUCCACAAGGUCAAUCUGAAUUCCAUCCGCCGCUGUUUGCUGAUCUCCCACGACGCCGACGCGCAGCGCCUGGAAUUCCGCCACUACAGUGUCCAGGUGGUGCCCGUGGGGCUCAGCCGGGGGAUCCGGAAAAUUCUCCAGGAGAAAUUCCCGAACUUGGCCCGGAUGGACGACAUCAGCCAGCUGCUGCUGGGGGACGCUCCCCUGUCCGAGAGUGAGGCGGAGCCGGACGGGCCCCAGAACGUUCUGGAACUGGCGCAGAACUGCGCCGGACGCGGCAACAGCGCCGCACAACAGAGCGCCGUGAGGCUGACCGAGAUCGGGCCCCGUCUGACGCUGCAGCUGCUGAAGGUGGAGGAGGGGCUGGGCCAGGGCAACGUCCUGUACCACGGGCUGGCCCCCAAAGGUGAGCAGGAGCUGCAGGUGCUGCAGGCCCGCCGGGAGCAGCGGCUGCAGGUGAGGGCGGAGCGGCGCCGGGAGCAGGAGCAGAACCUGCAGCGGAAACGGCGGCAGCGCGAACAGCACAGGGAGCGCAGCCUGGCCGGGAUGCGCCGGGCCGCAGGUGGCACAGGUGGCACAGGUGGCCCAGGUGGCCCAGGUGGUGGCCCAGGUGGUGGCCCAGGUGGUGGCCCAGGUGGUGGCCCGGCAGGUGACAGUGACGCUGAGGACCCCGGCGCACCUGAGGCAGGUGAGGCGGAGCCGUCGGACGAGGACGAGGCCGAAUAUUACAGACAGGAGCUGGGGGAGGAGCCCGACACAGAUUUGUUCCCCGGUCACGCCAAGAGGAAGCGAAGCCCCUCGGCCGCGCCCCGAGCCCGGAAACGACGGAGGAGGAGCCCAAAAUCCACACCUGGAACCCCAAAAUCCACACCUGGAACCCCAAAAUCCCACCCAGGAACCCCAAAAUCCCACCGGGGAACCCCAAAAUCCACACCUGGAACCCCAAAAUUCCACCCUGGAACCCCAAAAUCCCACCCAGGAACCCCAAAAUCCACACCUGGAACCCCAAAAUUCCACCCAGGAACCCCAAAAUCCCAACAGGGAACCCCAAAAUCCCACCCAGGAACCCCAAAAUCCACACCUGGAACCUCCAAAUUUCACCCAGGACAUCCCAAAAACCCCCAAUCCCGCCCCAAAAACCCCAAAUCCCACCCGGGAAAUCCCAAAAACCCCAAAUCCCACCCGGGAAAUCCCAAAAAUCCCAAAUCCCAUCCGGGAAAUCCCAAAAAUCCCAAACCCCACCCGGGAAAUCCCAAAAAUCCCAAAUCCCGCCGUGGGAAGCUCCUGACACCCCAAAAAAUCCCGAAUUUCCCACGGCCGGGACGGGCCAAAAAAAGGAAAAAUUGAGAGGGGGGGAAGAAAAAUAAAAAUUUGGGAAUUUGGGAUCCCCCUGAUCCCACCGGGAUGGGGAAUUUGGGGUCCUGAGGAAUUUUGGGAAUUUCCAGAAGAACUUUGGGAUCCCCAAGGGGAAUUUUGGGAUUUCCAAAAGGGGAUUUUGGGGAUUUCCAGAAGAAUUUUGGGAUCCCCCAAAUCCAGCUGGGAGCACCCCAAAAAAACGGGAAAAUAGAAAAAAAAGGGGGGGAAAAAACCCUCAAAAAUGGGAAAAACACCUUAAAAAUGGGGGGAAAAAUAUCCCCAAAAUCGGGGGGAAGCCCCAGAACUCCUCAGUGGGAAUUUCAGGAACUUCCAAGGAGAUGUCGUGGCCGGAAUUCCGGGUUGGAAAUUUGGGAAUUGUGGCCCCUCCCCCGCUGGGAGGAGCAGGAAUAAAGUUGGAUCCAGACCAGGAA